GAAUCCUGCAAAAGCCUUGCUGACGUAAACGAAAGUUCAUCCUAUCUUCAAUCAACAACAUGCGCUAAUUCCAACCUAACCCCUACCGACAACAGCGAAAGCACCAGUUGCCAGAUUACUUCCGCAUCGAAAAAUAUAGUCCGAUCUAGCCACGUUUCUGUUACCUCUUCAGUCUAUGCAUCGUCUAAUGAAAUUGGUAACGCCAUCACCUCUACCACAAGUUCGUCGCUCAAAAUAUCGUCAGAAACGUCUGCAACUGUUAGCAGUUACCUGGUCGUAGGUUACUAUCUAUGUGAUGAUCCUGUUCCUUAUCGAUGUCAGUGGCCAGGGUCUAUCAUCACAUUGGCGCAGUUCAAACAGCUUGUUCCGAAGAAGGGGCCUUUUCGGUACGUAGCUCUUAUGCGAAAAACCUUUUAG